AGCGCGCGCGCGCGCGAUAUGCCAGCAUGCGCCCGGUGACGCUUCCGCUGCUGCUGUUCGUCUGUCUCGCGCUCCGGAGGCCGGCGGCGUGCCUGGAGCGCGUGUCCACGCGCGAGCGCUUCAAGGUGGUCAUCGCGCCGCUCAUCUGCAAGCGCACGUGCGAGCGCAACGGCCAGUGCCGCGACACGUGCGAGCAGGGCGACAACACGACGCUGAUCGGGGAGAACGGACAGGCCGCCGACACGCUCACCGGACACGGCUUCAGAGUCGUGGUGUGUCCCCUGACUUGUGUAAAUGGAGGUGUGUGUAGUAACCGUACACACUGUCUGUGUCCACCGGGUUUCACAGGCAGACUGUGUCAGUUUCCUCUCCGCACUCAGGCGUCACGCGGCAACAAGCAGCCAUUCUACACACUACAGGUGAGGCCAGAUGGUCCUGGUCUGUCGGAUUCGAGUGGACCAGCCGGACGCCAGCAGCUCACACAGACACACUCAGUGUUCACUCUGCCACUGAGCCAGGGCACCGGCCACCACUCGUCUGAGGUGCAGUUUAACGUACGCGUCCACCACUCGCCAGACACCUCAGUCGUCAUCCAACCUUUCGACCAAUCAGAGGCCAAGCUUCCUAAAGGCGUGACCCGCCUUCCUCCACAGACACAAAAGCCCAGGGGGCGGUGCUUUCAGGAGACCACGCCCAAGCAAGCUUGUAGCAGUAACCCUCUCCCUGGCCUGACCAAUCAGGAGGACUGCUGUGGCAGCGUGGGAAAUUCCUGGGGCCAAAACAAAUGCUACAAAUGCCCAAAGCUCCCAUAUGCCGGGAAGCCACAGACAAUAAUUGAGGAAUUCGGCUCCACAUGCCCUCAAGGUUAUAAAAGAUUAAACCGAACACACUGCCAAGAUAUUAACGAGUGUAUGAUGCAGGGUGUUUGUCAGAACGGCGAGUGUCUGAACACACAGGGAAGUUUUCGCUGCACCUGCAAACCUGGAUACGUCCUGAAAGACAGAACACGCUGUGUUGUGUCGGUGGUGGAUCAGGGUCCGUGUUUCCUCAUGGUGACGGAUUCGGGCCGUUGUGAACACGCUCUCUCCACCAACCUGUCGCGAGAAAUCUGCUGCUGCACCGUGGGCAAAGCCUGGGGCUCCAACUGCGAGAGAUGCCCACAGGACGGCACCGCCUCCUUCAGUAAGAUCUGUCCUGCAGGAAAGGGCAUGUCGUACCUGCAGUAUCGCAGCACUUUGGCCAUCCAGACUGACAUUGGGCAGAUUCCGGUCCUACCUUCCAAGGAGAUCAAACUGCCGGAUGUGCCGGUCCAGGUGACCACGCCCAUACAGCUCCAGCCAAUCAGCACACAUCCAGUCCUAAUUACCAAGCCGACGACGCGUCCCAUAAUCCACAUUCCCCGGGAGGAAGAGACUCUGGUGGUGGCGCAGACGCAGGUCUCGCAGGUAGAUGAGUGCAAACUUAACAGGAACAUCUGUGGUCAUGGAGAAUGUAUAAACACACAGAACGGCUUCACGUGUCUGUGCAAGGCUGGAUACCGUCCUCACACCCAGAGGAAGAGCUGCAUAGAUGAGAACGAGUGUGACUGGGAGCCGUGUGGUCACGGCCGAGGCACCUGCAUCAACACCGUCGGCUCGUACCGCUGCAACUGUCACCCCGGCAACCAGCUGAUAGGACAUCACGUGAAACCGCGCUGCGUGGAUAUAAACGAGUGCUCCACGCCGGACAUCUGCGGCAUCGGCGGACACUGCGUCAACCUGCCCGGCUCCUACAAGUGCGAAUGCCUGCCUGGUUUCAGGAGCAAGUCACGAAGACAACCUGUGUGUGAGGAUAUUAACGAGUGCUUGGACCCCAGUACUUGUCCUGAUGCACAGUGUGAGAACACAGUUGGAUCGUACGAGUGUAUUCCCUGCCAGCCUGGACACAAGGUGCAUGGAGGAGUGUGUUAUGAUGUAAACGAGUGUCAGAAGAGAGGAGUGUGUGUGAACGGCCGGUGUGAGAACUUACCCGGGACGUACCGGUGUCGGUGUAACGAGGGCUUCCUGCCUGAGGCUGACAGCAAGGGCUGCCGGGAUAUUAAUGAGUGCCAGGACACCCGUUUGUGUGCGAACGGGCACUGCAUAAACACAGAAGGUUCAUUUCAGUGCCAGUGUUACCCUGGCUACCAGCCGACCCAGGAGGGCAGCCACUGCGAGGAUAUAAACGAGUGCGAGCGUGCAUCGAACUGCCAGAGGGGGCGCUGCAUCAACACCAUGGGCUCGUACCGCUGCGAGUGCCAGAAAGGAUACAUGCUGGUUAACGGACGCAGAUGCCAAGACGUAGACGAGUGUGAGGUGGAUAGAAGUCUGUGCCAACCCCAUGGAGUGUGUGAGAACAGGCAGGGCGGAUACGUGUGUGUGUGUAACGACGGCUUCAUUCUGGCCGAGGACAAGCACAGCUGUGAGGAGGUGGUGCAGGAUGUGGACAAUAAGAAGGAGUGCUACCUGAACCUGGAUGACACGGUGUUCUGCGACAGCGUUCUAGCCACCAACGUGACAAAGCAGGAGUGCUGCUGCUCAGUGGGAGUGGGCUGGGGGGACCACUGUGAGAUUUACCCCUGCCCCGUCUAUCACUCUGCGGAGUACCACUCUCUGUGUCCAGUAGGACGAGGCUUUUACCACAAGGAGGGAGUGAUGGAGUACGGCCUGCCAGUGCACAGAGACAUAGAUGAGUGUGUGUUGUUUGCGAAUGAAAUCUGUAAAGAGGGUCGAUGCAUGAACACACAGCCUGGAUUUGAGUGUUACUGUCAACAGGGUUUCUAUUAUGACAGCAACCUUCUCGAGUGUAUAGACGUGGACGAGUGUCACGACGAGUCUCUGUGCAGUAAUGGUCACUGCGUGAACACACGCGGAUCCUUUUACUGCACCUGUAACGCCCCGUGGACUCUGGACACCGCCAACAAGAAGUGUAUCCUGCCUACAGACUUAGGCAUAAACGAAUGUCAGGAUCCGUCGAACUGUAAAAACGGCCACUGUGUGGACACGCAGGAUUCCUACUACUGCAUCUGUACGUCGCCCUGGAUCCUCGGCACUGACCGCAACAGCUGCGUCACGCCGGAGGAACAGGCCGUAAUGUCUGUGGUGACCCUUUCAGAUGUGAAUGAGUGUCUGGACCCGUCGUACUGCAGGAACGGGAGGUGUGUGAACACUCCCGGCUCCUUCCACUGCAUCUGCGCUCAGCCGCUCACCUUCAGCGCCGCGCUCAAGCAGUGCGUCUACGACGACCGUACAGCAGCCCAUAAGGAUGUAUGUUUUCUUGAAGUGGAUGAAGAUCUGAUCUGCACCGUGCCACAUCGGGGGGCAGUCACCUACUCUGAGUGCUGCUGCUAUUUCGGCCAUGGCUGGGGCCCCGAGUGCCGCACCUGCCCACAGAGAAACACAGUGAUCUUUAACAGGCUGUGUGAGAUGCACCUGGAGACCGAGUCGGACGGAGACUCAGACUUUGUAGCACCUUUCAGUUAUAACCCAGAGAGGGACAGUUCAGAGGAAGACUCAGACGAGUGCAGCUGCGCUAAUGGACGAUGUGUCCGUUCGUACCUGGGCACCAUGUGCGAGUGUAACCCAGGCUUCAGACUGGAUCAUUCGCGAACGCGCUGCGUAGAUAUAGACGAGUGUACAGAGCGAGGAAUCGGCCGCUUGAACCCGUGUAAAAACGCCCGCUGUGUGAAUACUAAAGGUUCCUUCAAGUGCAUCUGCAAAAAUGGCCAUUGUGCCCACAGACACAGCACGAGACACAUAUUCACACACAAAAACACUAAAUAAGCACAAACACACACACACACACACACACACGCAAGCUUUCGCUCAUCCUCGUCCACCCUCCUGUAGUGUUCUCUGGUUGAUUUAUUUCCUGUAAACUUUCUUCAUUUUUUUCUUAAUAUAACUGAAGCUCCGUAAACUGUUUAUAAUUACAGAAUGAUGUAAGUUUUAUUUGUACAUGUUAAGACGUUCCCCCCCUCGCUCCCUCGCCCCUCCCCCCGCUCCUACUCUUCAUCUAGAGUUCAUUUUGCACAACUUAGGUCCUGAUAUUUCUGGAUGUGGGAAAAUCUCAUGCAUUUUUAAACUGAGACUGCUCAGUUUGUUAGUUUUUUUUUGUUUUGUUUUGUUUUGGUUUUUUUUGUAAAACUUCUUUUUAUUUUUUUAACACGAUGUGAAACGGACGUUGUACUUGUGACCUAAGAGACGCCUCAGCUCAGUUCAUAAUGUUUGGGAGAGAAUUUCUGGGUGGAGUCUAUUUGCAUUACGCACAGAUAGCCGUGUUUUGUUGUUGUUGUUUUUUUUUUGCUGCGCGUUUGAUGAUUAUUCAGUAUUUAAAUGAACUGAACGUACACGUACGCUUCAUCCGUGUUCACAUGAAGCAAACUCGCAUUUAUUUCAUAUCUGUACGUGUGAAGUUAUAUCGUGCUAUUUACACUUGGUGCAAACCGAAAAGUGUAUCCAAUUCGAUAGCAGUAUAUCUUGAAUCAAUUUGCACUAAUAAUAAUAAUAAAAAAAAAGUCGCUAUUUAAACCUAGUGCAAAUAGACACUGCGCAAAUUUUAAAAAAUAAUAAUAAACCACGUUCAGCUCUUAUUCAAUGCUGGAUUCCAUUGUUCAACGUGUAAAUGCCUGCACGUGAAUAUCUGAAUGUUACGAUACUAGGAAUCUUCGGUACUAAGAACAUUUUUAUAUAAAGUUUGUCAUUUAUCAAUAUUUCAGUAAACAUUUAGGAAAAACUUGAACAACAACGACAACAAAAAAAGAUUAGCCACACCCACAAAACUCCAUAAACACCAAAGCUCACAGGGAACUAAACGGCGAGUAAGUGGCACAAGCGCUCCUCCUAAAAUGGCUUUGUAUAGGGUGCCAUUACUUUUGUCCUAAUCGAACGGCUAGUCUUACGGAUGUGUUUCGGAGUCGUUUUCUUUCUAGGAAGGCGUUUUCAGACAGCGGUUUGAGUCAUAUCGUUCAAGCGGCUGAAUUGUUUUAGGCGGGAGACGGGGGCUGAAUCGGCGCGAUUUAGCUUUCCUUGCGAUUUCUUUCAUAAAACCGUGCGAAAUCCUGCUGACAUCACAAAUUUUGGAAAGCAGCUCCGGAGAACGUUCUAGUCCACGGAGAACUGAACCUCAGCUAACUUUUUAGCUAAAAAAAAAUCAUUAAUUCAAAAAAAAAAAAGAAAGCGCUCUGUCAAAAAGAGCAAAGCGGUGAAUCCAGCAUUGUGUACUAUAAGCUGUCUGGUCUUGUCCUCAUCCAAAGAUGGUCCUAAAUCUCAUGAUCCUUGUGGGGUGGGGGGGUACUUGAUAUUUUUUUUUUUACUUCCAUUCUGUAAUUUUGUAAUGUACUAAGUGUGAUGAAGUUGCACAAUGUGAGAAAAGUUUUGACACAAAACCGAACCACAACUGAUUCUAUGAGGUGACGUCAGAGCGCCAAAGAACAACAAAUCUGAGAUGAAGUGAAACCAAGAAAGAAAGAAAAAAUAAAGAUGUGACUUUAUUUUUC